AUGUCAAGUAAUUCAAGUUCACCUUGUUCGAAAAAGUCAAAAGUAAAGGGAAGACAACCCGAUCUUCGUGAAUUAUUGUUUAAAAGAAUGAAAUCCCAACAAACAUCUAACGAAGGCAAUGAAUCUUCUCCUUUAAGUUCCCCUCUAAGUCCUCCUUUAAGUUCCCCUCCAAGUGAAGAUGUUAAUAUGGAAGUAGGUGGUUCAAGUAGUUGUGAUGAACCAUUGGAUGAUGAAUGGGUGUAUGAUGUUGAACUUCUUCCUCAUGACCCGGGAUUGAGGAAAAACAUAAUGGAUUAUCCCCCUAAUGAAAGAAAUCCGAGGGAUGUUGAAAUUAACAAGGGGGGUGAUGCAUUUGUUGUCGGAGGGUUUAGAGCGUGGAGUAAACCUGAUAGGCUUGAGAAGCAUGUUGGAGGAAUUAAAAGUGCUCAUAAUAUUGCUUAUGAGAAAUAUGUGAAUCUAAGAGAUGCAAAGAAGACAUCAAUUGAAUUUGUAUUUGAUAAUGCGAGUGAGGUUCAAAUGAACGAAUAUCAUAUUCGUUUGAAUGCAUCCUUAACUUGUUUGAGAUUUCUUUUGGGCCAAGGUUUGGCAUUCCGGGGACAUGAUGAAAGUGAGGAGUCAUAUAGUAGAGGUAACUUUCUUGAGCUUUUGAAGUGGUUGGGGGGGAAGGUUGAGGAAAUAGGAAAAUAUACUUUCCAAAAUGCACCCAAAAAUUGUCAAUUAACAUCUCCCAAAAUUCAAAAAGACAUUAUCACUUGUUGUGCAAAAGAGACUACUAAGCGCAUAAUAGAAGAGGUUGGUGAUGGUUACUUUUCUAUUUUGGCCGAUGAAUCAAGUGAUGUGUCUCAAAAAGAACAACUAGCUCUUGUUUUGCGGUUUGUUAAUAGAGAAAAUGGAUCGGUAGUGGAACGCUUUUUAGGCAUUCUACAUGUGGGUGAUACUACCGCUUUGUCUCUUAAAAAUGCCAUUAUGUCCUUGCUUAUGGAACAUUCAUUGAGUCCUUCCAUGAUAAGAGGUCAAGGGUAUGAUGGGGCAAGUAACAUGAGGGGUGAAAUCAAUGGCCUCAAGACUUUGAUUAUGAAUGAUACUCCAAGAGCCUAUUACAUUCAUUGUUUUGCUCAUCAACUUCAACUAACUCUAGUUGCGGUUGCUAAAAAGAAUGUUAAUUGUACUUGGCUUUUUGACGUACUUGCAAACUUGUUAAAUGUGGUGGGAGCUUCUUGUAAGAGAAGAGACCUUAUUCGAAAAAACCAAGCUCAAGUAGUGGCUCAAGCUUUGGAAGUGGGGGAAAUUGAAAGUGGAUCGGGUUUGAAUCAAGAACGUCGUUUGAGUAGGCCGGGAGAUACACGUUGGGGAUCUCAUUACAAGUGUCUAAUAAGUAUCAUCAACUUGUUUCCUUCAAUUGUUAAAGUGCUUGAGGAGAUUGGAGAAAAUGGCUCUCCGGAUGAUAAGCUCAAAGCUCAAAUUGAUGUUCCAUCUAUGGAUGCUCAAUAUGUACCUCAAGGAAGAUCAAGACGUUUUGCUAAACAAGCAACAAAUCUACAUCAUUUUCGGGUUGCAAUCUUUUUGGAAGUAAUAGAUUUGCAUCUUCAAGAGAUUGAUAACCGUUUUAAUGAGAAGAACAUGGAGUUACUUACAUGCAUGGCUUCCCUGAGUCCUAGAGGUAACUUUUCAUCUUUUGAUAAAGAGAGGAUACUUAAACUUGCUUCUUUAUAUCCCGAAGAGUUUUCAUGUUUUGAUUUAACGGCUCUUGAUCUUCAACUUGAUGUCUUCUUGGAUUCUAUGCAAAAUGAUGAAAGAUUUCAUGAUUUGCAAGAUAUCAAUUCUCUUUCCAUGAUGCUUUAUCUCUUAUAUUAUCAAAAAGAGUUCAAAGAACGCUCAACUAUGGAGAAUUACAAUAGAGAAGAGAUACAGGCUAGUGUUUGGUUUCAGGUGUAUUUGUGGAUGUAUUCACCAAAUACAAUGUGA